AUGCCACUAGAAACUGUUAAUUUUGCCAAUAAAGGAAAGAAGGAUGCCGAAAAGUUCACUCCUACUCCUGAGGAGCUGCGAACUAUUCAAGAGAAGAUGAAAGAUCCAAAGUUUGUGCAGCUCUUUCAUGAAUAUAUGAAGUCUAUGGAAGACCCGGAGACACGACGCGAAGAGGAGGCGUACUUACAGCAAGUGGAGCGUGAAGCUAAAGAAGGUGGUGACUACAGUUUUGACUUUGUAUUUCCCACUCCCGGAUUUGUUGUGGAAUUACUGGAGCCAUCAACAUCGUAUCGUGUCUCUCAACGGUCGCGUAGUUCGGAGAACGAUAAAAAAGGGAAAAAUCAGCGGAAUAGUCCCCGCGUUUUUGUUAAUAUGUGUAGUAGUGAAAAAAUAGAUCCCUUUAAAGAGGAAACGGCAACUGAUAAUCAGAUGAGCAACUGGCAUGUACCAGUAUCUAUUUCAAAACCGAGAACAGAGAUAUUCUCUGAAGAAGUCGCAUUAUCCGGAAAUGAGAAGGGGAAAAGUGAUGAUAAUGAUGAUGAUGAUGAUAAAAAAGAGUCCGUAAUGGUUUACGAUGCCGUGUUUCAUCCACGUACGCUGCAACUUGCAGACCGUAGCGACCGUUUUUGUUGUUUCCUUGUAAAUAUAGCUGUUGAACAUAUUAACACUGGCUAUGGGGAUCGUCAUGGGUUUGAAUUCCGCCGCCUUUCGAGUCGUAUACGUUCAGUAGGAACACCACAGAACCAAACAAUCACUCGAAAAGAUGGUAAAUCACCAUUUGAAAUCUCAAAAAAUGAGCCGGCACUUAAAGGUCCAACAAAAGUACUCUCUUCAUCAAAAUCUGAUGAUCAACGAGAAACUCAAACUACUUCUUCUUACAUCAAAGAGAAAUCUGAUAAGAAAUCAGAAAGAAAUCCAGUAUCUAACUUGAGUGUAAAUUCAAAAACGAAUGAGGUAAGUGGGGAAAAUUUACCAAAAUAUAGCAUUGUUCACCGAGGUCAUAUGGAUCUCACUGAUGCUUGGGGUUGGAAAGUUGUGGAUCGUCGUGUUGGUAUACCAGAAUUUCUCGUUGUCAAGAUGGAGUUUGUCGGUGUACAAUCUGCAGGAGAUCUAAGCAUUGAAGUGGAAGGCGCCUACGUUACCAUUGCAAAAAGCGAUACACAUCCCUAUCAUGGGAUAGUAAUACUACCCUUUUCAGUCGAUGCCACACCAGAAGAGGCAAAGUUUGAACGGCGUAAAGGUUUAUUGACGUUAGUACUACGAGUUGUGCCACCUGCUCCAACUGGGAUUACAGCUGCAGAAAUGCGGCAACAAUUAGUUGGGGAUACCGAUCAGACUUCUGACCUUAAAGAGAAAAUUAUCCCUUUACGUUCUGAAGAAGUCGUUCUCCCUUCUUCAGUGGAUUGUAGUGAACCAAAAGUAGUAACGCCAAGUGAAACAAAUACUUCUUUAGAGCCACGUUCUGAACAAGAGAAGGACUUGCAAUCACCUGAAAAAGAAAAUGAAAAAAUUAUUUCUGAACCUCAGUUUUCUUGCAUUAAAGACCAAGACCGGGUUCGUCUGAUGAUGGAAAAAGUACAAGCAGCAAGACUUGAGCGUGAAAAAGCUGCUGCAGAUGCUAAUAGGGAUCAAAAAGAGGCUAAAGAAGAAAAAGAAACAGAAGUAGCUACCACAGUAGACAGCGUGAAAAAUGAUGACCAUAAAGUAGACUUUGUUGAUCCCUCUCAUGCCCAAGAGGAAGAAUCAAAUAAAGCAACUACAACUACAAUAACUAGCGCUAAUGAUGUAACUCCUUCGGAGGAAACUGUAGAUUUAGUAAAGGAUACGGAAGAGUUAAAGAUGCUGCAACAAAGACAGGAUGCUUGGAGAAAAGAUGUCCAAGAACGUUUGGAGGAACGGGAAGAGAAUGAACGCCAGACGGCUCUCAAAGCUGAACGUGAGACACGUCGUGAGGCGGAACGUUUACGGAAACGUGCUGAUAUUGCAAAACUUCAAGAGGAAGCAGAAGUCAAGCUUCGAGAACGAAUGGCUGAAUUACCCUUGAGUAACCGGUACAUUUUUGCAAUUGAUUAA